AUGCACGUGUGUGCGAAACUGGAGCACUUGAGCGCUGUGACCUCCAGUAGCGAACUGCCGUGGGAGUCCAAUAACGAGGAGAUUAUUCGUCUUCAGCAGUGGCUCUCCUGGCCCUCCAUGUCCUACAAGCCCGAGGUCAGGAAACUCUCUGGCCUCUUCCUCCUACUGCUGCUGUUUAAAAAGUAUCAGCGCGAGAGCCUAGGGUCUGGGCGCCAGUACCCACUGCCUGGCAUUUGCACGACAACGUGCUUUUCUUUAUACCCCGGAGAAGACUCCCCAUCAGCAAAUGGCCUCGCAGGCUGCGGCCGGCAUGGCGCCAGUCUUAAGUCAGUUUUGGGCGGGUGGGGGGAGGGCAACGAAUUUCUAACUGACUAUUUCUGA